AUGAAGAACGUCAACACGCUUGCCAAACUUGUUUCUCUCUUAUCUGCUGCUACUGGUGUAGCUGCUCACGGCCAUGUGUCGAACAUCGUCAUCAAUGGGGUGUCUUAUCGCGGAUGGGACAUCAAUUCGGACCCCUACAACUCCAACCCUCCGGUUGUGGUCGCAUGGCAAACUCCCAACACAGCCAACGGCUUCAUCACCCCUGAUGCAUACGACACUGAUGAUGUAAUCUGUCAUCUGAGUGCCACCAAUGCCCGGGGCCACGCAGUCGUCGCGGCCGGCGACAAGAUCAGUAUCCAAUGGACACCCUGGCCCGACAGCCACCACGGCCCCGUCAUCAGCUACCUCGCCAACUGUGGCUCCAGCUGUGAGACGGUCGAUAAGACGACACUCAAGUUCUUCAAGAUCGACGGUGUCGGUCUGGUGGAUGAGACUUCUCCCCCCGGCAUUUGGGGAGAUGAUGAGCUCAUUGCGAACAAUAACUCCUGGAUGGUGGAGAUCCCACCGAAUAUUGCGCCAGGGAACUAUGUGCUCCGCCACGAAUUGAUUGCCCUGCACGGGGCGGGAAGUGAGAAUGGAGCCCAGAAUUAUAUGCAAUGUUUCAAUCUCCAGAUCACUGGAACCGGCACGGUCCAGCCCUCCGGAGUCCUCGGCACGGAUCUGUACAAGCCCACGGACGCUGGAAUCCUGGUCAAUAUCUACCAGUCGUUGUCGACUUACGUUGUGCCUGGUCCGACCCUGAUUCCUCAAGCAGUUUCGCUCGUCCAAGCUAGCUCUACCAUUACCGCAUCGGGCACGGCAGUGACAACCACGGCCUGA